AUGUUGGAUUCUACUCGUCGAAUGCCUUCUAAUGACAUGAGAUCUAAACAUCAAACCUUUCGUAUUGAAGAUGAAUUAUACACUUUAAUUAAUAGACGAGGCACUGGAAAUUUUGCAACGGUUUGGUCAUCGAUCACAUCACAAGGUUAUCGGACUGCCGUGAAAGUAUUCGAUCUUCGUAAUCGUCGAAAUAAUCUUAAUCCAGCUAAAAUUCGCGCAUGCUUUGCAAAUGAAAUUAAAAUGCUGUAUAUCAUACGUCAUGCAGAAAAUUGUGCUGUAACUAUAUAUGGAUCUGCUAUAGAUUUACGACGAGGUUUAGCUUUUAUCGCUAUGGAAUUAGGAAAUGAUACAUUACUUGAUCGAGUUGAAAAUCUUCAUGGAACACAUUUAAAACGAGCUAGAUCUGGUUCUGAUUAUAUUUCUACAAAAGAUCGAAUACAUAUAUGGAUUCAAUUAGUUAAUAUUAUUAUUGGGCUUCGUCAAUAUAAUAUCAUUCAUCGUGAUAUCAAACCAGCUAAUUUAAUAUUUUUUGGAUCACAAUUGAAAGUUGUUGAUUUCGGUAUAGCACAAAUAAGAUCAGCAGGACAAUAUGAAAGUCCAGUACGUAAUCAUAGUGGUUACAGUGCGCCUGAAUGUUUAACAGCUGAAGCACCUGUGACAUCAAAAGUUGAUAUAUACUCAAUAGGUGCUAUUCUAUAUUAUUUGACUUAUGGAAAAGCACCUAUGCGACCAAGUUCACGAGCACCAUUUGGUGUUCGACGUACUCGUUCUACUCGUGUCCAAAAUUUACUUUAUCAUUGUCUACAACGAAAUUUGUUUAAACGACCAUCGCAUCGUUGGCUUGCUGAACAUCCUUUAACAACAGCAUUGGAACAAUCUGAAUAA